CUGGUGAGGAUGUGCGUCGCUGGUGACUGAGGCCAGUGACAGAACUUACGCCACAUCAGCUGAUAAGUGAUGCCUUGCUUUAGAGGCAACUAGGUCAGGGCGAAGACAUUUAAUUUAUUAAAGUUUACACCGCAGUCAAGAAAUACUUUAUUACGCAGGACUAAGAAUUUUGGACGGACGGAAAAUGUUGUACAUAAUUACUUUAGUCUAAAGAGUGUCGAAUAUUAUCGUUUUUCAGAACACGUUUCCCCGACUCGAUCUUGUGCAAGACAGACUAAGUGGGGAAAUAUACUCAUCAACACAAAUAUCAUCGGCGGCUAUAUGAUGGUACAUCUGAACUGGAAUUGAAAUUCAAGUGUUGAAGAGAGUUCGUGUUGCAUCUACUGCCGGCGUAGCGACAAAUAUAGCAAUUAAUGCGCUGUGUUAACAGGCAUUCAUAAACAUGCGAGAAAGAAACUUUCCUUAGAACAACUACACAAAGACAUUAAAUUAUCAAUUAUUAAUAAUUAAUCACAACACAAAGCGUCUACGGGUGAUGCUCUCUAGCAUCGGAGACGACCGAUAGAGUCAGAAGGCUCUGAAGAGAUCAGAGCAGCGACCACCAAGGAUAACGACCCAGAGAAAAUACGAUCCACUUUUUACGAAGAGAUUUGACACCAGAAAACACCCAUGGGGGAUAAUCAGAGCAGUGGUACGAGAGGUAUAAUGUAAUAGGAAAAUUCCUCGAGAACAGAGAAGGAAUGUUGCUACUGUAUGUGCAGGAAUGAAGUUAUACCUCAGAAUAUACGCAAUAUUUCCGGAUUGCGGAUGGUCAUUCAGGAGCUGAAGGCUGACGUCAAAGAGCGUUGAACUCAGGAACAAGAACACGUGGAAUAAUUUCAACAAUGGCUAAGUUCUAGUAAGAAAGUAACCAAUAUAAAACGAAUUUAGCUAAGUACAACUUCGAUCACGAACAAAACUAAACGAAGGACAACUUCAACGACAACCAAAUUUAACGAUAAACAACUUAAUAACGAACAAAUCAAACGACGAAUAAUUUCCCCCUUAUAAAAUCGAGCUAAGAACCGAGCCUGCCGAGGUCAAGCCUGACAUGCAGGAAGCCAGGCGCGUUGGUGGCGCUGCUAUACUGCCGCGUCAGCAAGGAAGAGACGCCACGCUAACAAGACCUUCACAGGCCGACACGCUCUGCAACCUCAUGAUGUUUAGCAAAAAAAGUGCCUUAAAUAGCAACUUCUCAACAAAAAAGUUCAGCACGAGUAUUACAAAUUCUAAUAUCGCUGGAUAUAAAGCGAUAAAAAUGUUAGACACUUUACGAGCGGGAGUUAAAAAUAAGAACGAGGACAUGAAGCACAGAAGAAUGACGAGUGGAGAGGAGAUAAGUACAACACAAGCAACAAUGUUGAAGGCUGGGAGAACAGAAGUUGUUGAAGGCAGUACGACUGAAAUAAAUUCAUUUCUAACUAUUUUUAGUGAUCUCGCGUUCAUGUUCCUAGCUUUUUUUAUCUUCACGCGCAGAAAAGUAGAGUUGUUAUUACAAUAUUUCUGUGUGAACAUAGUGUAUAAAAUACCAUUAAUAUACCAAAUAAAACCAAGUUUAGCAGUAGAAUAUAUCACGUCGCAUGUAGUCAGAUCUGGAUCAAAGUCAAAUAUUUCACAAGGACAAAUAUUACGACCCAAGAAGACGAUGUGGACCAGCAGCGCCAACAGAUCCACGGCAGGUCGUCAGGGGCUGACAUGGCUGCCGUGGAGCUUCCUCCUGCUACUGUCGUGCACCCACAGCCUCGUCAGCGUCAGGGACAUACACGACGCCCUCCGCUGGGUGUCCAAGGGGACUUUAUUACAGCACAAGGAUCCCCAGGAGCUGGGGAAGACCAUCACCGUCGGGGCACAGGCUGCCAUCAUACCCCCAGCCUGGGCCAACAUCACAGUGAACCCCUGCGCGAUACGCUCCUGGCAACUACUCUACUGGCCUCAGCACGACAAAUGCUACAAGAUCUUCUCGCAGGGUCCCUGCGAUGAAGGUGAGGAGGUGUACCACGCUGGAGGGGUGGCCAGAUGUCGGUGUGAGAAGGGCAAGCUGCGCUACCGCGGCCGCUGCUAUCAGGCCUACACCAGAGGGCCCUGCAAGCUCAGGGAGUACUUGACGAGCAGCAAAGCCGAGGAUGAGGCCGAGUGUCGCGGUUUCCACGAGUGUGUGGCGGGCGACGUGUUCUGGCCGCAGGAUGAGAAGUGUCAUCGUCAGUACACGCAAGGGCCCUGCCAGCACGGCGAUCUCAUACACCUCCACCCCGACACAGGCUGGCCGACAUGUGGGUGUGACCAGUCCCUGAUGCGGAUGCAGUUCUGGCAUCAUACGGAGACCUGUCAUGAGCUGCUCACACGAGGUCCCUGCGUGACAGGCCACGUUUUCGACUACAACAGCGUCACCAGGAAAACUGAAUGUGGUUGCAGCUCUUCUAAGAGUUCUAAUUACCACAGGGAAACAGACCAGUGCUACCCGCUGGACACACAAGGACCUUGUCCAGACGGCCACACUUUUUCACUACCGAUGAGUGCCAAAGAGCCCAUGUGCACUUGUCUUCAUGGACACUUGCUCCAUGUUGGUACAGGAACGUGCCAGAGGGCAUACACUAGAGCGGUGUGCAGGUCAGGAGAGUUCCUGAUACCCGACACCGCGGCAGCGGAGGGUGUGGGCAAAUGUGCACGAGUGCCCUGCAGUAACACUGGGCAGCUCUACCAUCCCGACACCGACUCCUGUUACCCUGUCGGGUCAAGAGGACCUUGUGCGGAAGGAAAGCUCUGGGUGUACGAGAGAGCGUCCUCGCUAAGAGGAAGGUGUCACUGUGAUGAAAAACUGGUGGGGUAUUGGGCUCCUCAUAAUCUCUGUUACCCCUUGGGGGAAGAAGGACCGUGUCCCCCGCGACAUGUGGUCACCUUCAGCCCCACCAAAGGCCUUGCUUGUUCCUGUGACCGCAGACGUGGCUAUACUCGCUGGAAAGGCCGCUGUGAACGCAUCACAGCAGCUGACAUUAUCCGCGACCUGAUCAGUAGAAACCUCAUGGCCCCGACGCAAGAACAAGACGAAGACUUAACCAACAGUGUGAUGUUUCCUCGAGCCAGAAGCCUUAAAGAUGACUCUUCAUCGCCACUAACUACCAUUGCUCGUUUCAUAAGAGCCACAACAACCACCACAACGACGCCUCGGCCGACCAAACGGACACUUGAAGCGAUGAGGGCAGUGGGCGCGUCGAGCAGAGGCUUGGUCAACAGCAUCGAGGAGCCUGCAGACGUGGGGUCUGACACCCAUGCGUUGGGUGGAGACGAUGACAUCAGCACGAGGAUCGCUCGCCUCACGCACAGAGGACUCAUCACACGGCGAACAAGACGGCCUAGAAUGC